GAACGCACGCAGGAGCCAGGAAGCACGGAGAACAAAACUCGACCAGAAGGAAUGUGGAUGAAAUAACUUAAUCUGUUAAAUUUUGCUAGCCAGCUAGUUGUGAAUUGACGUGAACCGGAGGGUGGGACCGGCACCUGUGAGGAGAGGAGAACAGAGCAGCAGCAGCAGCGCCUGAUGGGAAGGCGUGGACUCCAGCUGCCCUCGUCUCCACAGAGAUGACCCCAGGGAGAACAAUCACGACCAUGUGGAGACCAGGGCUGGUGUUGGCGUGCCUGGCGCUGGUGGGGGUGGGUCAUGGCCGAGGCCAUAGCGACUUCACCUGCGAGCCCAUCAAGGUGCACCGCUGCCUGGGCAUGCCCUACAACACCACUUACUUCCCCAACAUGAUGGAGCACUAUGACCAGGACAUCGCAGCCAGCAGAAUGGAGCCGUUCGUUCCCCUGAUCAACCUGCAGUGCUCCCCGGAUGUUCAUCACUUCCUGUGCCAGGCUUUUGUCCCAGUAUGCACCGAGCAAAACAAGGUGGUUUGGCCCUGCCGUGCCCUGUGUGAGAGGGUGCAUUCAGACUGCAGCAAGGACAUCAAGACCUUCGGCAUCGACUGGCCUCCCGAGCUGCAGUGUGACAGGCUCGAGGACUGUCGCAGCUCUCCAGACGGAUCCGUGGCUCCACCCACCAAGCGCAUGACCACGCCCAAGAGCUCCCCCUCCGCCAAGAGGGACCUGGGCUUCUGGUGCCCACUGCAGCUGAAGACCCCCCCGGGCCAGGGCGCAUCUUUCCUUGGGGUGCAGGACUGCGCGCCCCCCUGUGCCAACAUGUACUUCAAGCCCCACGAGGUGGAGUUCGCCAAGAACUUCAUCGGGGUGUCCUCCAUAGUCUGCCUCGGUGCCACCCUCUUCACCUUCCUCACCUUCCUCAUUGAUGUCAAGAGGUUCCGCUACCCGGAGAGGCCGAUCAUUUUCUACGCUGUCUGCUACAGCCUGGUGUCCCUCAUCUACUUUGUGGGCUUCCUCCUGGGCAACGGCACGGCCUGCAACCGGGCGGCGCAGCCGGGCGCGGUGGACACGGUGGUCCUUGGCUCCCAGAACAAGGGCUGCACGCUGCUCUUCAUGCUGCUCUACUUCUUCUCCACGGCCGGCACCGUCUGGUGGGUCAUCCUCACCAUCACAUGGUUCCUGGCGGCAGGGCCUAAGUGGAGCUGCGAGGCCAUUGAGAAGAAGGCAGUGUGGUUCCACUCGGUGGCCUGGGGUGUGCCUGGCGCGCUGACCGUCAUGCUGCUGGCGCUCAACAAGGUGGAAGGGGACAACAUCAGCGGGGUGUGCUUCGUGGGGCUGUACGACCUGGACGCGCUGCGCUACUUCGUGCUGGCGCCGCUGUGUGUGGGCGUGCUGGCCGGCCUGUCGCUGCUGCUGGCCGGCAUCAUCUCGCUCAACCACGUGCGGCAGGUCAUCCAGCACGACGAGCGCAACCAGGAGAAGCUGAAGAAGUUCAUGAUCCGCAUCGGCGUCUUCAGCGGCCUCUACCUGCUGCCCCUGGUCACCCUGCUGGGCUGCUACGUCUACGAGCAGAGCCAGCGGAGCUCCUGGGAGAACACCUGGAUCAACGACCACUGCCAGGAGUACAGUAUCCCCUGCUCUUAUGCGAAGGUGGAGAUGAACCGCCCUGAUCUGUCUCUGUUUUUGAUCAAAUACCUGAUGACCCUGGUGGUGGGGAUAUCCGCUGUGUUCUGGGUCAGCAGCAAGAAGACAUGCUCUGAGUGGGCGUUCUUCUUCAACAGAACCCGCAAGAAAGACCCCAUCAGCGAGAGCCGCAGGGUCCUGCAGGAGUCGUGUGAGUUCUUUCUCAAGCACAACAGCCGCGUGCAGCACAAGAAGAAGCAGUACAAGUCCAGCUCCCACAAGCUCAAGGUCAUCUCCAAAUCCAUGGGCACCAGCACGGGCGUGGCUGCCUCCACCGCCACCAACCAGGGGACACCCGCUGCCGCCUCUGUCAGCAACCGCGACGCCGUCGGCCAGUCCUCCUUCUCCGAGGUCCGAGGCUCCUCCGAGACCUCUGGGAAAGAACACACGGAGCGGGCCAGCUCGGGCCGGGGGUCCAGGAGGGGCGAGCGGGAGCCGGCCGGACAGGCCAUGCCUGCCCGCGAUUCCUCUGAGAGGCGGAGCAAAGCCGGCAGCUCCAGCAAGGUCAGCAGCCGCUCUGAGAGCUUCCAGAGAGUCCCGGAUGGGAGCCCUGUGUGUUCCCUGACGAUGACGCCCAGGAGUGACUUCACAGAGGGCAAGCAAGGAACUAGUGGGCAGCACCCGUCUGUAAGCCCCGCCCACAGUGGCAGUGGCAGAGGCUCCGCCCCCCCACUGGUGCGUCUGACGCCAGAAGAGACCAAGGACAAAGAGAGCAGCUGCUCCAAUGCCUGAGCCCGCUACCCUCGGAUGUCUGUACCCCACGGGGACCAACCUCCCUGACCUGGGUCCCCUUCUUUCACACUAAAGAGGCCUUAUGACUCAGGCGAGUACACUAACUCCUGGAGAGCCACACCCCUGCUGACCUCACGGGCCAUACCAAAUCCCUCCAUAUCUUGAGCGCAUGGUGAAAUUAAGAUCGCUGUUGAGCGAUCGCAUCACGUGAGUGAGACCAAGGUCAGAGGAAAGUGCUGUUCUCCAGGACCAGGUUUGCACCAUGCAAUGCCUCGGUCAAAGCCACUUGUAAUUAUACAUGUAAACACUAUGAAUGUAGAAUAUACACUGGCAUAAAAGUGGUAUUGUUAUAGAGUUUUGUUUUUCUGAAUCCAAUCAACACUGGAAUCUAGUCCAAACACUGAAUUUUGGUGGAGGGUAAAAGUCCAUGAAGAAUGCACAGCAGACUUCAAAGGUGUGCUACAUGGUAGUGUGGUUUUGAAAAAUGCUUUGUUUGAGAGAUUCUGACAGGAGUCCACAGGAAAGAAUCUCAUCGUGCCACAACAUCGUGAAACAUUAGCCAUGAUAGUCACUGUUUUUUUCUCUUAAAUAGUUCUUUGUUUUGUAGUUGGUCUUCUAGCAUAUUUGUAA